CAGGAAGCCAAACUGUGGCGUGAGGUUGAGCUGCUGCGGCGAUGCACCCACCCCAACAUCGUCCAGCUGCUUGGCGUCAGCUCAGAGCCUCCCCGGCUGAUGCUGGUGACGGAGCUGCUGGAAGGGGGCAGCCUGCAUGAGCGGCUGGCAUCCCCAGCGCUGCGCUGGCACGAGAAAGGAGGGCAGGCAGCACUGGAUGUGGCACGUGCUGUGGCCUUCCUUCACCAGCUGUCCAUUGCCCACCUGGACAUCAAG